CCCAGAAGAGCCCUGUGCUAGCAGCACAUUAUGCAAAAAGGCAGUUCCAGCAGCUGAGAGAGAAGCAGAGCCAGCCUUUGCUCUACUUGCAUCACCGCUGCUUGAAAACAAACCUGGAUUACCAGAGAGGUCUGUGUUGCCAGGCCAGCUGAAUGAAAUCGAACAGCAUGGCUUGAUUCCUGAUGCUGCACAACUGCAAGGCAAUAUGGGGAAUCAGGAUGGGAAGCUGAAGAGGAAUGCAGGUGAUGCACAUGAUGGAGGUGAGGAUGCUUCUGGGCCCAGGGAUGUGGAUGGCACAAAGAAGGGAGCAGGGAGCAGAAAGGGACUGGGGAAGCAUGGCAAAGGGAGUGAAUCUGGUAAAAAGAAGGGCAAGUCGGAGUCCCGAGCCUCUGUGUUUUCCAAUCUGCGAAUCAGAAAGAAUCUCUCCAAAGCGAAAGAUGGAAACAGCAGCUCGAGAGAGGAUGUUUUAGAAAGCCAGGCCUCGCAAACAGGGGAGCUAGACAGUGCUCAUUCGAUCCUCACCAAAACUCCUGAUAUUAGCAUUUCUGCAGAUGAGGGGGGUCUCUCAGACACUGAUGUGGAGCAUUUUGAAAAUACAAAUGAAACUCGCCCAGCUGCUCCUGAGCCGCAGGAUGGACAAAGGACCAGCUCUGGCUCCGAUACGGAUAUAUACAGUUUCCAUUCAGCCACAGAACAAGAGGAUUUGCUUUCUGAUAUCCAGCAGGCUAUUAGACUGCAACUGCAGCAGCAGCAGCAGGAGGCAAUUAACAUUGGAACUGAGCAGCAUGGCACCAAAACAAUGGACCUACACAUGGCUAAUUCUCAAGCAGCCCCCUUAGAUUUUGAAAGGUUUCUUUCAGUAAGCAGUGACAAAGACAGCAGUCCAGAAACCGAACAGCCUGUCUCAGCUAAAUCGGAAAUUACAGACUAUAACCCUGUGUGUGAUAACAAAAAUGAAGUGAAAGGAGUGACAAAUGGAAUGGGGCAUUCCUGCAGCAGUGUAUUUGAUGAACAAGAGGAACACAGGCAAUUGCCAGAGGAGCAGGAACAACCUGCUGGUGAGCAAAAAGCUGCAUCUCCCUCACAUCCUGCAGUGACAGAAUAUGGGACCCUGCUAGGCUGUUCUGUGUUUAAUUUCCCAUCUCCAUUUGGAGAAUCAGAAACUGAAGUAAUGGCUGUUGAAUCUGCAGGUUCAGAAAGAGAGGAGGAUGAUAUUACUGACACAGGCCACAGUCAGGUUAUUGAAGCCAAAGAAAGGAAAAGGAGUAUGUCAGCUAGCAGAGAGGCCUUGGAUGAUGGCCUUUCUGUUACAAUAAAAAAUGGAACUCUGUCCUCAAAUGAUGUCUCAAGCAGCCCUAUUCAUAGUUCCAAAGGUUUUAAGCCCUAUCCUCUCAUCAACCCGUGCUACAUCAAAACCACCACUAGGCAGUUGAGUUCUCCAAACCACUCACCUUGUCUGUCCCCAUCCCAAAGUCCACUUUUCAAAAGGAGACGCGAGUCUUCGCAGAGGAAAGAAAGUGUGCCAACCAAGAAACAGAGGUCAUCCAGUUUGGCUGGUCCAUUUAGCCGAUCAGCAGACUGGACAGAUGAAAUUUUGGAUCAUAGAGGUGACAUAACUCAAAAGUCAGGUUCUGCAGAUUUCUUGGAGUACAGACGGAGCAGAGAUGGCUUCCAGGGAGAAAGAGUGCCUUUGAAUCACUUGAGAAAGUCCUCAGGGACGCCAGCUUCCACUGACACCUUCCCCAAUGUUUUUAGAGGCCGAACACUGCUGGAGAAGCUGUCCAGCCAGCAGGAGAAUGCACCUCAAGAAGAAGCAGAGAAGCUUUGUUCUUGGAUCAUUGCAAUGGGUCUCCUUCUGCCCUUCAGUGAUUGCUUCAGAGAGCCAUGUGGCGGGCAGAGUGCACAACAAAGUGCACCAACAUUUGAUCAAGACCAGCUUUACACUUGGGCUGCAGUCAACCAACCCACACAUUCAUCAGAUUACAUUGAAGGAAGAUUUCCUGGAAGAAUUCCAUCAGUGUGGCCACCACCAAAGCCCCCAGAUGAACAACAGAGAAUAAAAAGUAAAGAACAAGAAGAUGAUCAAGAACAUGAAGCUACAGCUGUGGCAACAGAUACAGAACAUACAGCAGGUGUUCAGCAAGUACAGGAUGAUGUUGUAAUGAAAGCAGAGGAGCGGACAACUGAGAUUCAGCGGCUUGAGCAGACCAUCCAAGAUCUGAAAACAAAAAUUGCAGAGCUGGAGAAACAAUUUCCAGUAGCAGAGGUGCUAGUUUCUAGUAGCAAUCAGUGGAAGGAGGGUGGACACACAACUUGUGAAGGACACUUCAGUGAAACUGUUGAAGAACAGGAAUCAUAUAGCCUGCCAAAAACUAUAACUGCAAAAUCUGUGCAGACUUCACCAAUAGAUGAUUAUUUAACACACACAAUGCCUUCUGCCAACACACUGCCACAAGCACCUCCUCUCUUGAAAGGGGACCUGAGUCAAGGGCCAACUCAGCCAUUGCCAACACUUGAGCCACAGGCCACUUUUUGCUCUGAAAUAUCUUUAGUUCUCUCACCUAAACGGAUUUCAGUACAGUUGGAUGCUGCCCAAGAAAAACUAACAAUUUCCCCUUCCUUAUCCUCUUACCCUGUUUUGGGGUCUCCCCUUGGACUGUCUGACACAGGAAUGUCUAUUUCCCUGCCUGGAGCAGGAGGCCCAUUUUUAACGCCACCCUCUCCUAGUUCAGGUGUACUGCCUUCUCCAUCUGCCUCAGGAUGUUCCCUGUCCUCGCCUCCUGCCCCACUGUUGCCUAGCAAAGGGAUUCCUCCUCCACCACCUCUGCCUGGAGCGGACAUGAUACCACCUCCCCCCCCCCCCCCCCCACCCCCUUUGCCUGCAGCUGAAAUGCCUGGUGGUAUCCCACCUCCACAUCGUCUUCCUGAAAUGGGAGUGCCACCUGCACCACCUUUGCCAGGGGUGGCUGUUCCUCCUGCACCACCCCUGCCUGGCAUGGGUAUGGCCCCUACUCCCCCACCUUUGCCAGAUAUGGGAGUGCCACCACCUCCUCCUUUGCCAGUGACAGCUAUUUCCUCUCCUCAUCUUUUGCCAGGCAUAGGCAUUCCUCCUCCCCCACCUCCCCCACCACCGCCACCGCUACCAGGAAUGGGGGUGGCACUUCUUCCACCACCUCCACCGCCUUUCCCAGGCAUGGGGGCACUUCCUGCUCCUCCUCCUCUACCAGGAAUGGGAGUACCGCUGCCUCCACCUCCACCCCCUUUGCCGGGUAUGGGAGGACCUCCGCCUCCACCACCUCCACCACCUUUGCCAGGCAUGGGGCCACCACCUCCUCCUCCUCCCCCACCUUUGCCUGGUGCAGGACUCCCCCCUCCUCCACCACCUUUGCCUGGUAUGGGUGUGCCACCUCCUCCACCUGUUAACCUUCCACAUGUUUCUGGGUUUCUUCCUCCUCCCUUGCCAACUGGUUUGUUUGUAAUGGGGAUGAACCAGGAAAAAGGUAGCAGGAAACAUGCAAUAGAACCUUCUCGACCAAUGAAGCCUCUUUAUUGGACAAGAAUUCAACUUCAUAAUAAAAGAGAUUCUAAUGCUUCACUUGUGUGGGAAAAAAUUGAAGAACCUUCCAUAGAUUAUCAUGAAUUUGAAGAACUGUUUUCUAAAACAGCUGUUAAAGAGAGGAAGAAACCCAUUUCGGAUACCAUCACAAAGACAAAGAACAAACAAGUUGUCAAGUUAUUAAGCAACAAAAGAUCACAAGCAGUUGGGAUAUUAAUGUCCAGUCUUCAUUUAGAUAUGAAAGAUAUCCAGCAUGCUGUUGUGAACUUGGACAACUCUGUGGUUGACUUAGAGACUCUUCAAGCCCUUUAUGAGAAUAGAGCACAGUCGGAUGAAUUGGAAAAGAUAGAAAAACACGGCAAGUCAAGUAAAGAAAAAGAGAAUGCCAAGUCUUUGGAUAAACCUGAACAGUUUCUUUAUGAAUUAUCCCUAAUUCCCAACUUCUCAGAACGAGUCUUUUGUAUCCUGUUCCAAUCAACAUUUUCUGAAAGCAUUUCUUCCAUACAUAGCAAACUUGAAUUGUUGCAGAAACUGUGUGAGACACUGAGAAGUGGCUCAGGAGUUAUGCGAGUUUUAGGCUUGGUCCUUGCCUUUGGAAAUUACAUGAAUGGAGGAAACAGGACAAGAGGACAGGCAGAUGGGUUUGGGUUAGACAUACUGCCCAAACUGAAAGAUGUCAAGAGCAGUGACAACAGCAGAAGUCUUCUGUCAUACAUUGUCUCCUAUUAUUUGCGAAAUUUUGAUGAGGAUGCUGGAAAAGAGCAAUGCAUCUUUCCUCUUCCAGAACCACAAGACCUUUUUCAAGCUUCUCAGUUAAAAUUUGAAGAGUUUCAGAAGGAUCUCCGGAAACUUAAAAAAAGACUUAGAGCAUGUGAGACAGAAGCAGGCAAAGUUUGCCAGUUUUCUUUGGAAGAGCACAUUCAACCCUUUAAAGACAACAUGGAGAAAUUCAUUAGUCAAGCUAAAAUUGAUCAUGAAAUGGAAGAGAAAUCCCUAGCAGAGACACAUAAAAGCUUUUUGGAGACUGCAGCAUAUUUCUGUAUGAAAGCAAAAAUGGGUGAGAAGGAAGUGUCCCUAAAUGCUUUCUUUAGUAUUUGGCAUGAAUUCAGUUCUGACUUCAAGGAGUUCUGGAAAAAGGAAAAUAAGCUUAUUUUGCAAGAAAGACUUAAAGAAGCUGAAGAAGUAUGUAGACAGAAAAAGGGAAAAUCACUUUAUAAUAUAAAACAAAAGCAUGAUUCUGGAAUUAAAGCAAAGAUAAGUAUGAAAAUAUGAGAGAAGAAAGGCACAUGUCAUUGCCCACCUGUUCAAGAAACUCUUAUCUGUUUGUGGGGAGAAAAAGGAAACUACAUCACUCAACCCAUUUCAUUUCUUGCCUUUUUGCAUUUGUUUUCUCAUUUUACUGACAAGUAUCUGCCAAGCAACCAAUGAAAAAGGAAUCUGCUCUAUGGACUGCCCAAUAAUGGAUUUCAUGAGUAGGAGACACGCUGUUCCAAGGACCCCAUGCUCCCGAUCCAAAUUUUAUUUUGUAAUAUGUGAGGGAAUAUUAAUAAUAAACUAAGAAAAACCUGGUGUAAGAGGUAGUAUCUAUCUUAACUGAAAACUGGAUCAACAUUUAACAACAUAAAUUUCCAUUUUUGCUGGCAAUACGUUUUCAAGCAAAUACAACUACAGUACUGCAUUUAGAUUAGGUGGAAGAAUGUCACUUCUUAAUAAUUGUGUCCAUUUCAUAUUGACAUUUGUAGUUUGUAUGUUGAAUUGGUAAGGUGCUCCUUCCCCAUGAUAUGCCAUGUUCUCCAAAUUUACUAGCUAAACUUGCUUUCAUUGCUCAUGAUCAUGGCCUACAUUUCCAAAACAAGCUAUUCAACCCUUUAUUCAAUCUUUAUAGUUCAUAAGGUGGGACAUUUUCUCUUUCUCUUCUACCAAAUAUAACUGGUGGAAACAAAACAGAAGGAAGGAAAGCAAAGCAAAGCAAAGCAAAGCAAAGCAAAGGAAAGGAAAGGAAAGCUGCCUUAGUGCAGUAAAAAGGCAGGGCUUGUUUGGAGAUUAUUCAUUUGACUUGGGUACUUCAGUAUGUUAUGUAUAUUUUUAAGUGACCUGUUUACACAACAAUGAAAAGUUUGCAGUAAAGUUUCUACGAAUCAGUUGGACCAUGAUUUUGGAUUACUAAAGAUUUUUCCUCUUUCUUUCUUUUCUCUCCCCCCCCCCCUUUUCCCCACUAUUCUAGAUCAUCAAGGAUGCAACUCAGUUUUUUUGGUGACAAAGCAAAACUCACUGAUUAUUUGAGGCUGCCAUUACAUUUUAUCCAGGACCCAUAUUCUAAGCUACAUAACAGUUACAAUUCUUUGCAACUUCUCAGUCUCAGACACCAAAAACAUCCUAAGUAUUGGUCAGAUUUAGUUUACAAAAUCUCCUCCAUACACUUAGCCGCAACUUUUAAAAUUCUGCAAACAGCCAAAAUUAGGAAGAAGGAAGAUGUAUAUAUCCCAAAGCCCUUUAGCAUGGAAGGUGCUGGGGUGGUUUUGAGUUUGAAACUGCAGAAUUUUUUUCCUUCCAUGUAGUCCAGUACAUGAUACCUGGUUGUCCAGAGGUUAAUACAUGGUUCCAGGAAUCAUAAGGGCUGCGUAAUUAUGACCUCAGGAAUUGACUUUUUAAAUGCCAAGCACUAAAAAAGAUAUAUUUUUCAUUCAUUGAGAAAAUUGUUUCCUGUUAUGUGAUCAGCCUGAAAUUCUGUUGUGUUUCAGGAUAGUUCCUGAUAGUCCCUUUAUAUGUUUUCCCAGAACUGCAUUAUAAAAUCCUGUAGUGUCAGGAAUAAAGUUAUUUCUUGGGAAAGGGAAAAGAGAAGAUUGUUACAAGAGACCUAUCACAAGCAAAUAAAGAAGUAAAAGAUAUUUUAAUAACACUGAUAAAAUCUCAUGUUUGUAUUUAUGGAAACUAGUCUUUGCUGUUUAACACCUGCAUUUUCUUUCAUUUAAGUGCAUUUAAAAACUUGGUAGCAUGUUUGUUUUGUAGACGUCCUAUUCCCUUCAGUAUCAAAAGUACGUAUAUUGCCAUACUACAUUAAAUAACAAAGAUCGCUAUGUGCAAUAUUGUAUUUAGUGUUUCUAUUCCAAUUUUUUUUAGGAUGUUAAUUUAUAUGAAAAAUAAAAUAAUGAAAUCAGA